CUUUUCUUUUCUUCGAUAAAAAAAUCAUUCGACCACUUCUGUUCUCCUCUUUUCUUUUCUUUUCAUUUUAUUUUUCCUUUUCUCACCCAUCCCUUUCUUUCGACCAAAAGAACAGACCACAUGAAGGCGGGUACCUUCCUGGCGGGCUUGCUGUCGACGGCUAUCGUCUCCCAUGCAGAGCUGAAGCGACUUCCCUUGAAACGAACAACUCUUGAUUCAGAGGCAGCAGUAACCCUGGACGCAUCGAUUACGGCUCAAACGUAUUUCGGCAAGACGUCUCCUCGUCGUCCAAAAGAAAUAGCAUCGCAAAGCUUGUAUACCACAGAGAUCAGUCUAGGGACACCUCCCCAAUCCUUUACUGUUCAGGUCUCGACUGGAAGUUCCAACCUCUGGGUCCCAUCCUCUCAAUGCACCUCCACGACCUGUCUGCGUCACCCUCGCUUCGACACAUCCGCGUCCUCCACAUUCCUAGCCAACCGUACACACCCCAACUUCCGGAUCCCGUCCUUCCAACGUCAAUACAACCCCAAGGACGACGAAAAGGAUCCUGUGGACCUAUCAGGAACCCUUGGAAGCGAUGACUUGACGGUCGGUGGCGGCUUGUUUCUCCUCAGCCCCGAUCAAUCGUUCGGACAAGUUGUGGAAGAACGAGGCGGGGAGUUGAAAUCCGCGCUACAGGGUGAUCGGUUCGACGGCGUCUUGGGACUCGGGUACGACGCCCAUGCAGUCACGGGACACCCGUUUUUUUUGAAUCUUAUCGACCAAGGAAUCCUGGAAGAACCCGUCUUUGGCGUUUACAUGUCCCGGGACGAGGACCGCGUAGAGAGUCAGUUGACGCUGGGAGGACUAGAUCCAGACCACCGUGUGGGCGAGAUCCAAUGGCAUGAGGUGACGAGGCAGGCCCAGGGACAAUGGGCCAUCGAGCUGACGGCGUUUGCGCUCCGACGCGAGGCCUUCGAGAUCGAUGGCAACGCUGUUAUCGAUACCGGGUUCCCGUACAUUGCGCUGACAAGGUUCCAGGCGGCGAUGAUCAAUGCUCAGAUCGGUGGUGUGGAGACGGAACCCGGAAGUGGAAUCUAUGAAUUGCCGUGCAGGAGCAUCCCGACGCUGUUUGAGUUUAUCAUCUUGUUUGGAUUGGAGGAGUACCAAUUGCAGGGACAUGAAUAUGUGCUCCGAGGGCGUGGACAGGGCGGCGGACGCCAUGCGAGCGGGAAUAAGAAGGGGCUGUGCCUGAGCGCUAUUGUCGGCAUGGACUUUUCAAAAGAAUCAGGGGUGGUUGCGGUCUUUGGAGAGGUCUUCUUGCGAAAGUAUUACAGCGCGUAUGAUCUCGAGAACCAUCGCCUGGGUUUUGCACUAGCAAGUUAGUCUACAACACGAAGGGCGUUUUUUUUUUAUUUUUUUUUAUUGGUCAAUUAAAUAAAUAAUAAGAUGGUAGUCAG